CACACACACACACACACACACACUCAGGCUGGUCGCUGGUGUUUGAGCGGGUCGCUCGCUGAUCUGCAGCCGCUGAUGAGACUCGCACUGCGGGCUGGAGAUUCGGGAGAUCCGCGAGGAUGAUGGAGAAAUUGGACCUGCUCAAUAACACACACCCGAUGACGAGAACACACACACCUCACUGAGGCUUCAUCUUCAUCAUCACCGAUCUCUCCUCCUCUUCCUCCUCAUGAGUCUGGUGUUCUCCAGCGCGCCAUGAACAGGAUUUAUCUCGUGACAAACACAGAUGGGGAUUUUCUUCCAGAUUUCUCCAGAUUCCCUUCGUCUGUGGGCCGAGCACUGGUUCCGGAGAGCACAGCACUGGUCAGACUGGGUCCUCGGCUCUGAUGGCUUCUGUUUGCUGAUAUCUGUCUCCAUCACUCCGGGCGACUGAAACAGUGAAACAUGAGAUCACGGGUUCCUCUGCAGAUCCUGCUGUAUGCGACGGUCAUCAGAAGCCUGAAAGUGCUGUCCAAGCGCGGCUCAGUGGACGGCUGUACGGAUUGGUCUGUGGACUACCUGAAAUACAAAGUUCUGCUUGGGGAACCUGUGAGGAUUAAGUGUGCUUUAUUUUAUGGAUACAUCCGUGCGAACUACACACACGCCCAGAGCGCUGGACUCAGUCUGAUGUGGUACAAGAGCACGGGCCACGGGGACUUCGAGGAGCCCAUCUCCUUCGACGGGGUUCGCAUGAGCAAAGAGGAGGACUCCAUCUGGUUCAGGCCCACUGAACUACAGGACGGGGGACAUUACUCCUGUGUGCUGAGGAACUCCUCGUACUGUAUGAAGGUGUCGAUGUCGCUCAUGGUGGCCGAGAACAACUCGGGACUCUGUUACAACUCCAAGAUGAGGUACUUUGAGAAGGCCGAGUUGAGCAAGAGCAAAGACAUCCUCUGUCCUGAUAUAGAUGACUACACACAGUCCGGGAAAGAGCCAGAGAUCACCUGGUACAAGGAGUGCCGGGCGAAGCAGUGGAGGCCGAGCGUCGUCAGGAAGGCCGACGUGCUCUCCAUCAAAGACGUGCGGGAAGACGACAUUGGGAAUUACACCUGUGAAUUACAGUUUGGGAGUUUUGUGGUGCGGAGGACCACGGAUCUGUCCGUCACAGCGCCACUGACUGACAAGCCGCCCAAGAUCCUCUUCCCGUACGAGAACAAGCUGAGCAUCGUGGAGAUGCAGACGGGCAGCCCGGUGAACCUGACGUGCCGAGCGUUCUUCGGUUACAGCGGCGAUGUGAGUCCGCUCAUCUACUGGAUGAAGGGAGAGAAGUUCAUUGAGGAUCUGGACGAAGGACGAAUCAGAGAAAGUGAAAUUAAGACUGUACGGGAGCACUUGGGUGAGCAGGAAGUGUCCAUCUCACUGACGAUAGAUGCCGUGGAGGAGGGCGACCUGGGGAAUUAUUCAUGUUAUGUGGAAAAUGGCCACGGAAGACGACAGGCCAACAUCCAGCUCAGCAAGAGGGCAGAGCUCAUGUAUACGGUAGAGUUGGCUGGAGGUUUGGGAGCCAUUCUGCUGAUGUUGAUAUUUUUGGUGUCCCUGUAUAAGUGUUACAGAAUUGAACUCAUGAUCUUCUACAGAAAUCACUUUGGCAGUGAGGAUGUGGACGGAGAAAAUAAAGACUAUGACGCGUACGUGUCCUACACUAAAGUGGAUCCAGACCAGUGGUGUCAGGAAACCAGAGAGGAGGAACGGUUUGCUUUGGAGAUUCUGCCAGAUGUUCUGGAAAAGCAUUAUGGGUAUAAACUCUUCAUUCCCGACAGGGACUUGAUCCCAACUGGAAGUUUCAGCAAUGAUCAUUUCCAGGAUGACACAAGACUCCUUAGAGCCUACAUCGAGGAUGUGGCUCGCUGCGUCGACCAGAGCAAGCGUCUCAUCAUCGUUAUGACGCCCAACUACGUGGUGCGACGCGGCUGGAGCAUCUUUGAGCUGGAGACUCGACUGCGCAACAUGCUGGUCACCGGAGAGAUCAAAGUCAUCCUCAUCGAAUGCGCCGAGCUGCGGGGAAUCAUGAACUACCAGGAAGUUGAGGCUCUCAAACACACCAUAAAACUGCUAACGGUCAUCAAGUGGUCGGGACCCAAGAGCAGCAAGCUCGACUCCAAGUUUUGGAAGCAGCUGCAGUACGAGAUGCCCUUUAAGCGCCCGGAGCCCAAGCCGUCGCACGAGCCGGUGCUGGACGUCAGCGAGCAGGGCCCGUUCGGGGAGUUGCAGACCGUCUCUGCCAUCUCAAUGGCCGCAGCGACAUCCACCGCCAUGGCCACCACUCAUCCUGAGCUGCGUUCCACUUUCCACAACACGUACCACACGCAGCUGCGACAGAAGCACUACUACAGGAGCUACGAGUAUGACAUUCCCUCGUCCGGCACCCUCGGGAACCAGCACACGUACUGCAACAUCCCCAUGACUCUGGUGAACGGCCAGCGAGCGCCCCGUGAGCAGCAGGCCAUCGAGGAGCAGCUCGUGAACAAUGCCAUGCUGCCGCUCCUGCCCAGGGAAACCAGCAUUUCCAGUGUGAUCUGGUGACAUCGCCGGGAAGGGUCGAAUGUUAAUGACCCUUGAAAACUGCUGCUGUUCACUUUGCACCACGACUCACAGGGGUUCGAAACAAGGGGCAAAAACUGGAGACAUGUCGUUGAGAUGAGAAACUUUCAUUCUCUCACAAACAGCUCAUUCAUAUACUCAAGGAAUACAGGGUCUUGUACAUAUCGUUUGCAGUUUCUUUGUAGCAUUGGUAUUUUUUCAGUUCAGUUUCUGAUUUGCUCUUUUCCCCCUUAUCAUAAAAUGACGUGAGACAGAGGAAAGGGUGACCCGAUGUGUUUUUCUCUUGACCCACUGUUAGAAAUAGAGUCAUUAUAGAGUUUGUGCCAUUGGGAUGUUUUCCUCUUUUUUUGUGGUUGGUUGAUGAAAUCAAGGAAAAACACCUUUAUGCAAAUGUUACUGAGGCCUGAAAGCUCUUCUCCUUCCUGAGUGAACGGAGCAGACGACGUUCACGAGGAAAAGCUAGACGCCAUUAUGAAGCUCUAGUGUCUCUGCUGCUCUCGGUUUCUCCAUUUAAGAUACUGAGACUUUCUAUUAAAAAGGAAGGAAAAAAACAGCCUUGCUAUUCAGCUUGAUAGGGAGAACUUAAGAAAAACUGUAUAUUAUUUUAAACGUUUUUUUUUUAUAACAAAAGAAUUAGUUUGGAACGACAUACAGUACUAAGCCACAUUUCAUUCAUUCCUCUAAUGGACGCACUGGAGAGACAUUCUAGCUCAUCAAUGAAUCUCUUUUCAUAGAGAACAAAUUGACAAAAGUAUUUUUUGUGUCCCUGUCAUAUCAUGGAUGAGCAGGAGAAAACCGAUAUUUGUGUUUUAAUUUCCCCCUUGAUUUUGGCAUCAUUUAUAAGAGAGCAUAGCAAUUAGAUAUGUAUUCAAUUUAUAAUAUAAUUAUCUCUCUAUAUAUAUUUGCAAAGACAUUUUCACAUCAGAAAAAGUGCUUAAUCUGUCACUAAAUAGUUACAUUACUUGUUGUCUUCAUUGCACACCUGAACCUGUUAACCUCCACUAUAGUGCCUCCAGCUGCUCCACAACACCACCAACAGGUUUGGAGUGUUACUGCAUUCUGUCACUGUUUAUAAGGUACUGCCAUCACAUCACUUCUCUCCACCUCAUCAGUGUGACGUUUCCCACGUUCUAGUGAUUGUAGAAACUAUCAUUAGGGGAAGGAGCAGACCUGGGCUAAUUUUUACCUCAUUUUAUACAAUGGGCCAGUCCUGUGUCAGUAACUAGGGGCAGCUUAGCUUACACACACAACUCUGCUCUCGUAGCUGAACGCAAGACAAGUAGAGGACCGAAUGAAAGAAAAGCGAUGUCUAAUAUAUUUACGAGGGUCAGGGAGUCAGCCCUUGUGUGCUGGACUGUCUCGGCAUUCAUUAAUGAAGCUGUCCCGUCACACACACACACUGCACAGCCUAGUUCUGAGUUGUGCAGAUGAUCAGUUUGUCAUGUCUUGUUCAUGCCAUGUUUUCUAUUAAUCUCACUGUCAAUCUAAUGAAGGCUUUACAUCAAUAACUCACGACUCUGUUAGCAUGUAAAUGAAGUGAAACCAAAGCUGGCAAUAAGCGAUGGAUGCAUACUUAUAUUUUGCCUUCUCACUUGCGCUGGUGGGCAUCAGGGGUAAACCACCCUGGAUUUAAAGUAGGAGAAAAAGAUCAACAUUUUCUUGCAAAUUCAUUGUUGUACCAAUCUAUACAGAACAGCAUAAAGCGUGUUGUUCACAUUGUAUAUUUUAUGAGUAGUGCCAAAAAGAGUUAUUAGUGUAUAAUAUUAAGAACCGAUCAUAUGCAAAAAUCUGUAUCUCACAGAGGCGAGAGUAAGAAAACGGGGUUGUGCCAACCUUCUCAUUAAGCAUUUCAUCUUAAACACACCCCAGAUUUCCAGUUUGUUGAUGCCAGCUCAUCUCACAAUCACUGUCAAUGACACCAAUCUGAUUAUUUCCACAUUAUUGUUUUACUUUUCAUAUUCCUACAAGGAUUUUUUUCUUGUAUUUUAUAUUACAUUGUGUAAAUAUAAAUUGAAAUGUUAAUAAAAUGAAGACAAUCUAGCCAGAUUCAUGAAAAAAUAACUUGGCAUUUUCAAAGAGAGUGGCAAAUUGUUUCAUGAACAUUUCUGAUAUUACUGAUCAAAAUAAGAAUAAAAUUAAUAAUAAUAAUAACAAUAAUAAUAAUAUAUAUAGCACAGAAUUAGUCUCUGGCACUUUCACCAAUCUUACACUAAAGAUUAAGGUUCUGUUUGUCUCCUGUUUUUGAAAUUUUCUCUUUUUUAUUCUGUAUCUGCAAUGUUAAUUGAAGAGAAACUAUCAUUAAUAACAAUAAAAUACACAUUUAUUAAUAUUU